AGCCUCGGGAAACCCUAGGGAUGUGUCACAUUCUCACUGUGUAUUUAACACGCACGUUUGCAACACAUUCGGACAGCUUUGACAGCUCGGGGGCCUUUAAUGCUUUCUGCGACCUGGCGUCAGAAAAAUACGUCAUAGGCAUGCCACGUGACUGCCGUAAUUGUGGGUUGGCUCGCUUGCCUCGAUCCCUUCACUCGACAUCUUCAUCGGCUCUUCGUCUUCCCCUUAGUUUAGAGCCAUCAUUAGUACUGCAUCGUCGGGAAUUGAUGCAGGUUUAUCUUUGCCAUGCCUGCAGGAGUGUCUUGGCCUCGCUAUCUGAAAAUGCUCACUGCAAGUAUGUUGGCUAUGUUUGUUGGUGCAGAAGUUGUCCAUAGAUAUUACAGGCCUGAUCUUACAAUACCUGAAAUUCCUCCCCAACCUGGAGAACUCAGAACAGAACUCUUGGGUCUUAAAAAAAGAAACAACUAAGCUCAGCACUCACAACAGUGACCAUUUUAUUCUUCCAUGAACUGCUCUUUGAUGUUAUUUAUGAUUGAACUUUUGGGGGAAAAAUGUUAGCACUGGUUCUGGUAACACAUCCAGGUACAUCUAUUUUAUAUUGUGUGCCUGUUCUCUACAAAUGCCAAAUUUUGCCAUAUCUGUAACCUGAUUAAUUAAUCAUGUUCAACGCUGUA